UGCUGCUGCUGUCACCACGUGGAUAAUGUGUUUAUGUUUAUUUUGCAGGUUGCAUUACAAUGCAGAGUGUUGAGUUGAAUGUUAUUCAGUUGGAUAACGAUGUGUUUUCACUACAAAAAUGUUUGCUAUCCACACAAAGUUUUUGUAAAUUAAGUCAUAGUAGAUAUGCAUUUCUGCAUUUCUCAGAACAUGCCAAGUGUGUGUGUAGAUUUUAUCCAAGGUGUGAUUUGCCUGACGAAUAUUGCCAGGUCGAUUCAAGUGUAUUAGCAUUUCGAGGCUUGGGGAAAACUCUAUAUGGUCUUCCAGAAAGACUCAUUGAACUGCAAUCAAUUGGCAGUCAAAAGAAAGUAAAAUUUGUGGAGAAUUCACAAGAAGUCUGUGUCAAGAAGUUAGAUUCGUCUGUAGUUUUUGAAUCUGCAAAAGAUGCAAAAAAAUGGAAUCUUGAUUUAAAAACUUUAUCGAACAUUGUGAAAAAUAUUCUUAAAAUGUUUAUGAUUACUAAUGACUGUGUUGUUUCUUUGGGCAGUUUAAUUCCAGAAGCAAGAAUAGGUAUUCAUAGUAUAAUUGUACAUAAUACUGGUGAUAGUGACAAGAUUGGACGGGUUGUGGGAGCGACUAAGGUUACAGUUACGAAAGUGAUAAGCAGGAAGUGGUUUGACCAGCUUCAGAAUGUUCGUCCCUUGUCUCUCGGAGGUUUAAAUCGUCCGUAUGAAGCUUUAAAAGAAAUUGUUACAUAUCAUUCGAGAUAUGGACAUUUGUUGCAGGGAGUUAAUCUGAAACCAUGCCAGCAGGUGCUGGUGGCGGGGCCCCCGGGCUGCGGCAAGACGUCGCUGGUCCGCAAGGUGGCCGCGGACUGCUGGGCGGCCCUGGUGGCGGUGGAGGGGGCACAGCUGCUCGGCCCGGCGCCUGGCGACGCGGAGCGCCACCUGGGGGAGGUGUUCCAGGAGGCCGUGGACCUGGCGGAGGAGAGCGGCGCCUGCGUGCUGCUGCUGGAUGAGGUGGACCUGGCGUGUCCCCGGAGGGCGGGGGCCCUCAGAAGGACCGGCGCCCGGCUCCUGGCGCUGCUGGAGGGCGUGGGGGCGACGCCCGGCCUGGCGGUGGUCGCCACCACCAGCCGCCCGCAGGCCCUGGACCCCGCGCUGCUGCGCCCGGGCCGCCUCCACUCCGAGAUCUACAUCGGGGUGCCGACGGAACCGGAGCGCUGCGAGAUCCUGGGCGCACUGCUGGAGCCGGCGCGGCUCUGGACGCCCGCCGACGUGGCGGCGCUGUGCAGCCGCGUGGCACGCAUCACGCCGGGAUACGUGGGCGCCGACCUGGCCCUGCUGUGCCACCACGUCCUCCGGAAACACAAGACCAAGGGCAGCGCUCCGGACCUCCGGUGGGAGCAGAGCUUCCAGGCGGCGGUGGCCAGUAUCCGGCCGUCCUCCCUGAGGAGCGGCCUCGGGGUGGUGACCACUCGGCCCGUGGCGCUGUCGGACAUCGGGGGGAUGGGCGACGUCAAGAAGGCGCUGCAGGUCUCCGUCGAGUGGCCUCUGCUGCAUCCCGAGGCGUUUUCCCGCCUGGGAAUACCUCACCCCAAAGGUGUGCUGCUGUACGGACCUCCGGGCUGCGCCAAGACGACCGUGGUCCGCGCGCUGGCCACGGCCGCCAACACGACCUUCCUCUCCGUCUCCGCAGCGGAGCUGUACUCCCCCUACGUCGGCGACGCCGAGCGGAGCAUCGUCGAGCUGUUCAGCCGGGCCCGCCACGGGGCUCCGACCAUCUUGUUCAUCGAUGAGAUAGAUGCAUUAGUUGGCAGUCGCAGCAAUAGAGAAAAAGGUGUGCAGCUUCAAGUGUUGUCAGCCCUGCUAACAGAGAUGGAUGGAGUUGGAAUCAAGAUGGAAGUACAUAAAAUGACGAGCGGGACGGUCGGCACCGGAGUGGUGGUGAUAGCGGCCACGAAUCGACCGAACAUGCUGGACGACGCUCUGCUGCGACCGGGGAGGUUCGACCGCCUGAUCUACGUGCCUCCCCCGGACGCCGAGUCGAGGCUGGACAUCCUGCGGGUGUGCUCGCGGAACAUGCCCCUCGCGGGGGACGUCGACCUCCGGCACGUCGCCGGUGGCACGGAGCUGUUUUCCGGCGCGGAUCUCGCCAACUUGUGCAGGGAGGCAGCGCUGUGUGCGAUGACCACAGAAGGCAUGCACGUUGAGCAAGUUCAGCACAAACACUUCCAGCAAGCUCUGGGUGAACUGAAACCAUCUCUAACACAACAGCAAGUUGACUGGUAUCUCAGUUACAAGAGACGAUAAAACUACACUGUAUUCCUGCUGUACAAAAUAGUGCCUAAUACAAGCAAGAAUAACUGCUUCGAGUUAUCACAAGUAACUAUGCAUAGGACAUAGGAUCAUAGCAAAUGGAAACUUAGAUGUAGCUCACUUUGUGUGUUAUAUAUAUUUAUUCUUGUUUAAUUUUCUGUAACAUACUGUAUAUAAUAAAUUUUUUACUGAUUUAAUACUGUCCAGGAAUAUAUAUAUAUUUUUUACUUGAGAACUCUUAUUGGUAUGAUACAUUUUGUAGAUGUACUAUCUGUUACUGUGUUACUAUGGUAACAAAAGGUAAGUAAGAAGUACUAUUUGUAUAAUAAUUGAUGUUGGCAAGUAUGCAAUGUACAAAAACUAAACAGCUCAUUAAUCCUAAUUUUAAUAACAUCAUCAUUAUGAUAGCUAACAAUUUAACUAUAGCAAAUUAGAUAGGUAGCCUACCUGUAACAUACGGAUGUCACAAGUAUUUUCUAUAUUUGAUUAUUCCUCAGCAACUUUGUGAAAAGUGUUGCAUACAUGUGUUUCACUUGUUUGCUAAUGUAAUUAACUAAUUAUAUACUACAUUUGAGUGAGGCGAACAAGAGAGCUUGCCGUAAUCCACGGUGAGAAAUUUAAGACUUUCCCAUUGUAGAACUCUUGUUUCAGAAAUUCAAGAGUGACAAAUUUAACACAGAGAACAAGGAAUUUUUUUUCCUAGUAAUUGGUUUAUUAUAAGACUUUUCUCUUUGUUACAUGAGGAGCUGUCCCAAUGUCCUACUUGAACUUGAUGAAGUCAAGUCAAUUUUGAAUGUUAUAUCUGAGUCUGACCUGAACUGACAAUAUUAGCAUGCAUUUGAGUCCAUGCCUAAUUCUAAGCAAUUAAGUUGAGUGGGUUUUCCAGUAUUUAAAUACUUUUUUAAAGCCUUUUAAAAUUUAUUUGUUAAUUCCCUACAAUAUAUUAUGGUAUUAUAAUACAACUUAUAACAUACAAACGAACAGCCUAAUACUAAAGUAUAAUCCAAUUUCGCAUCAAAAAUAAAAUCCUUCUUUCACAGUAACCUUUAAAACAAACUGCCUUAAAGCACACAAACAUGAAAAGAGCACAGAUGCACAAGCUCAGCACAGAAUUUGACGCUACUUUCGCACAGGAGACAGUGGUUCAAAAAAUAACAUUUUCCUCCUUUUAUAUUUGUGAAAAUUUUGAAUUUUGUCAAUCAUUAUUAUAUGAAUUUGUUGCUGACCUCAAUUUAAACUUUUGAUUUCGCCAUUUAGUUAUGAACAACUAAGAAUGGUUAACUACAAAACUUUGCCUGGAAAAUAAAUACCACAUUUUAAUAAGUUUCACAUAUUAUCUUUGAAAUGUGCAUAUCAAAACAAUCGCUAGCUACUCUGUGCCACUGAUAUGGUGUUUAUGGCAUAUUGUAUCCUGAUUGGUUGCGCACAGUAAUUCAGUGCACAGCAGGGAGAAUAGAAGUUCGACAACUGCCUGAGCACUGUUUACAUGCUGUUUUUCUGUAUGUUAUUUUACAAUGUAGCUACUGCUAUUUGUUUGUGUACUUCUACUUCCGUGUGCGCGUUCCAUGCGCAUGCUGUUGCGAAUCUAGCCUGGACUUUACAUUUACUAGAAACAUGGCUUUUCAGACUAACAUCACAAAAUUUCUUAAUUAACAACUUUUUGUACGUCAAUUUUAUAUUUGUACUAUAAAAUAUUUAAAAAUACAUAUGUAAAUGCAAAUUUUCAGUGUGGUUUUUAUCUUAUUUAUUUAGACAUGGAGAUUGCUGAUCAGUUACACUUGCUGUAGAAACAGUUUCUGUUAUAGAAAUUGGAAGAUUAAAAUAAAUAUUUAUUUGCAAAUUUAAUUUGUACAGUGUGACUUGUCCACUAUCUUUGGACAAAUUUGUUGCACAAAAAAUUGCUAAAAUUAAAUUAA